GCACGCGCAGCUCCGCCUACGACCGGCCGGGCGGGCCCAGGCGCGAGGGGCGGCGGUGCUGGGAGGGCUGUCCCAGCUGCUGCCCCUGCGCCUGCGGAGCGGUCCGGGCCUCGCCCUGCCCGCCGUCCCCCUUCCGCGCCCGGCGGGCGGCUGAGGGCUCUCGGCUGAGGGGAGCGACGUCGCCACCCCGCCUGGAGCGCCAUGGCUGACCGCGGGUGCCCGCUGGAGGCGGUGCCGCUGCCCGCCGAGGUGCGCGAGAGCCUGGCCGAGCUGGAGCUGGAGCUGUCGGAAGGGGUGUCCUUCAGAUUGAGAGGAUGAAGGGUGGAGCUGCACGAGAUUCCACUCUUCUUAGAUCGCCCUUUCCAUGAACGCACACAGAAUUCACACGUGUGGCUCCUGAAAGCACAUCAGAAUGCCUGUGGAUGAAAGUGAGAUUACAGGUGAUAUCACUCAAAAAGGAUAUGAAAAGAAAAGGGCAAAGCUGCUUGCACGUUACAUACCACUUAUUCAAGGAAUAGACCCAUCCCUGCAGACGGAGAGUAGACCCCCCGGGCCCUCACUCACAGCGGCUGCUGCCCCCAACCAGCAAAAGUCACGUCCCACCACCUCGAGGGACGAGCGCUUCCGGUCAGAUGUCCACACUGAAGCCGUGCAAGCUGCUUUGGCCAAAUACAAAGAGAGGAAAAUGCCCAUGCCUUCGAAAAGACGCUCUGCUCUCGUGCACUGCUCCGUGGAAACAUGCACACCUCCAGACACGUCCUCCGCCUCAGAAGAUGAGGGCUCUUUGCGGCGACCAGGGCAGCUCACCUCCACUCCGCUCCAGGGCUGUCCCAGCGUCGAGCCGUGGCUCGACCGGGCCUUUCAGGGCUCGUCCACCUCAUCCUCCGCAUCCUCCACCUCAUCUCACCCAGGAGGGAGGCCUGCCGUGCCCAGCACCGCCGCCGCACCUGCCGUGCCCCCAGGCCUCGCGGCCCACACCCACGUAGCUCUGCACUCCGCCCCUCCUGACGUCACCACAGGCCUUGGGGAGCCUUCCUUCUGCACGCGGCCGCUGGAGGCUCCGGUGAGAGGCGUUCCUCGGGGCUUUAGAAGCGGCACCCUGGAAACCGCAGAUGGGGUCCCUGUGAGCGGCAGAGUGUCCUCCAAGAUCCAGCAGCUUUUAAAUACUCUGAAGAGGCCCAAGCGCCCCCCACUGAAGGAGUUCUUUGUGGACGAUUCUGAGGAAUUGUUAGAAGUUCAGCAGCCAGAUCCAAAUCAGCCAAAGCCUGAGGGAAGCCAGAUGGUGGUGCUGAAGGGGGAGCCUCUGGCUGCAGGGACCUCCUGGCCCCCGUCGCUGCUGGCGGCCUUGCAGCAGUGGGGCACGGCCCAGCCCAAAGCCCCCUGCCUGACCGCCUUGGACACAGCUGGGAAGGCCACCUACACCCUCACAUACGGCAAACUGUGGAGUCGGAGUUUAAAGCUAGCUUAUACUCUACUUAAUAAACUGACUAGUAAGAAUGAACCACUACUUAAACCUGGAGACAGAGUGGCGCUUGUAUUCCCCAACAGCGACCCUGCGAUGUUCGUGGUGGCGUUUUACGGGUGCCUCCUGGCGGAGCUGAUCCCUGUCCCUAUGGAAGUGCCACUCACGAGAAAGGUUCCGUCCGACGCCGGUGGCCAGCAGGUUGGGUUUCUGCUGGGCAGUUGUGGAGUUGCCCUGGCCCUGACCACAGAGGCUUGUCAGAAAGGCCUGCCCAAAGCACCGACUGGAGAGGUGGCGACCUUCAAAGGUUGGCCCCCCGUGGCCUGGCUGGUGGUUGAUGGGAAGCACCUGGCAAAGCCCCCCAAGGAUUGGCACCCACCAGCUCAGAACCCAGGGGCCGGGACCGCCUACAUCGAGUAUAAAACCAGCAAAGAAGGCAGCACCAUGGGAAUCACCGUGUCUCACGCAUCUCUGUUGGCACAGUGCCGUGCUCUGACCCAGGCAUGUGGGUACUCAGAAGCUGAAACAUUAACAAAUGUGCUGGACUUCAAAAGGGAUGCCGGCCUGUGGCACGGAGUGCUCACGAGUGUCAUUAACAGGAUGCACGUGGUCAGCGUCCCCUACGCACUGAUGAAAGCCAACCCGCUCUCCUGGAUCCAGAGUGUGAGCUCGUACAAAGCCCGGACUGCCCUGGUGAAGUCCCGCGACAUGCACUGGUCACUCUUAGCCCAGCGGGGCCAGAGGGACGUCAGCCUCAGCUCCUUGCGCAUGCUCAUCGUGGCAGACGGCGCGAACCCAUGGUCUGUGUCAUCCUGUGACGCGUUCCUCAACGCCUUCCAGUCCAGGGGCCUGAGGCCAGAGGUCAUCUGUCCCUGUGCCAGCUCUCCCGAGGCCCUCACAGUCGCCGUCCGCAGGCCACCUGAUCUGGGAGGACCUCCUCCAAGAAAAGCAGUCUUAUCGAUGAAUGGCCUAAGUCACGGCGUGAUCAGAGUUGAUACUGAAGAAAAGUUGUCAGUUCUCACUGUUCAGGACGUUGGCCAGGUGGUGCCCGGAGCUAGUGUGUGUGUUGUAAAGGUAGAAGGCACCCCUUACCUUUGUAAAACGGAUGAAGUUGGAGAAAUAUGUGUCAGUUCCGGCACCACUGGCACAGCCUACUAUGGACUGCUUGGGAUCACGAAGAACAUAUUUGAGACCACCCCAGUCACUGCAGCAGGAGCCCCUGUCUCCGACAGGCCCUUCACCAGGACAGGACUGCUGGGCUUCAUCGGGCCUGACAGCCUGGUCUUCGUCGUGGGCAAGCUGGACGGGCUGAUGAUGGUCGGCGCACGCAGACACAGCGCAGAUGACGUGGUGGCUACCGCCCUGGCCGUGGAGCCCAUGAAGUUUGUCUACAGAGGCAGGAUAGCAGUGUUCUCUGUGACGGUUCUUCGUGACGACCGCAUCGUCCUCGUGGCCGAGCAGCGGCCUGACGCCUCGGAGGAGGACAGCUUCCAGUGGAUGAGCCGCGUGCUGCAGGCCAUCGACAGCAUCCACCAGGUGGGCGUGUACUGCCUAGCGCUGGUUCCCGCCAACACCUUGCCCAAGGCUCCUCUCGGAGGGAUUCACGUUUCUGAAACCAGGCAGCGCUUUCUGGAGGGGAUUUUGCACCCGUGCAAUGUGCUGAUGUGCCCGCACACCUGCGUCACUAACCUUCCCAAGCCUCGCCAGAAGCAGCCAGAAGUGGGGCCCGCCUCGAUGAUCGUGGGUAACCUCGUUGCUGGGAAGAGGAUCGCCCAGGCCUCGGGCAGGGAGCUCACUCACCUGGAGGACAGCGACCAGGCCAGGAAAUUCCUGUUCCUGGCCGACGUGCUGCAGUGGCGAGCCCACACCACGCCCGAGCACCCUCUGUUUCUGCUGCUGAACGCCAAGGGCACGGUCACCAGCACUGCAACCUGUGCCCAACUGCACAAGAAGGCCGAGCGGGUGGCCGCAGCCUUGAUGGAGAAGGGCAGGCUGAAUGUCGGGGACCACGUGGCUUUGGUCUACCCCCCAGGGGUGGAGCUGAUCGCCACGUUCUACGGCUGCCUCUACUGCGGCUGCGUGCCCGUCACCGUGCGGCCCCCCCACCCGCAGAACCUGGCCACCACGCUGCCCACCGUCAGGAUGAUCGUGGAGGUCAGUAAGGCGGCGUGCGUGCUCACCACCCAGGCCAUCAUGCGGCUGCUGAGGUCCAAGGAGGCGGCCGCCGCCGUGGACACCAAGGCCUGGCCGACCAUCCUGGACACAGAUGACAUCCCGAAAAAGAAGGUGGCUGCUGUUUUCAGGCCUCCGUCCCCCGAUGUGCUCGCGUACUUGGACUUCAGUGUGUCCACCACGGGGAUGCUGGCAGGGGUGAAGAUGUCACAUGCAGCCACCAGCGCCUUGUGCCGCUCCAUAAAGCUGCAGUGUGAGCUGUAUCCCUCGCGUCAGAUCGCCGUCUGCCUCGACCCUUACUGCGGUCUCGGCUUCGCCCUGUGGUGCCUGUGCAGUGUGUAUUCAGGACACCAGUCUGUGCUGGUGCCGCCCCUGGAGCUGGAAAGCAACGUGUCUGUGUGGCUAUCAGCCGUCAGCCAGUACAAGGCCCGCAUCACCUUCUGCUCGUACUCGGUGAUGGAGAUGUGCACCAAGGGGCUGGGGGCUCAGACGGGCGCGCUCAGGAUGAAGGGGGUGAACCUGUCUUGCGUGCGCACGUGCAUGGUGGUCGCCGAGGAGCGGCCCCGCAUCGCCCUGACUCAGUCCUUCUCCAAGCUCUUCAAAGACCUGGGCCUGUCCGCACGCGCCGUGAGCACCACCUUCGGGUGCAGGGUCAAUGUGGCUGUCUGCUUACAGGGCACAGCCGGCCCAGACCCGACGACGGUCUACGUGGACAUGAGGGCACUGCGCCACGACAGGGUGCGUUUGGUGGAACGAGGUUCUCCACACAGUUUGCCGUUGAUGGAGUCUGGGAAGAUCCUUCCGGGAGUGAAGGUCAUUAUUGUGCACACAGAGACCAAGGGGCCCCUCGGAGACUCACACCUGGGAGAGAUCUGGGUGAGCAGCCCCCACAAUGCCAGUGGCUACCACACGGUCUACGGGGAGGAGUCGCUUCAUGCCGACCAUUUCAGUGCCCGGCUGAGUUUCGGAGACACCCAGACCGUCUGGGCCAGGACGGGUUACCUCGGCUUCCUGCGGAGGACGGAGCUCACCGACGCCAGCGGGGAACGCCAUGACGCGCUAUAUGUUGUUGGCUCUUUGGAUGAAACGCUCGAGCUGAGAGGCAUGCGGUACCACCCCAUCGACAUCGAGACGUCAGUGAUCAGGGCCCACCGGAGCAUCGCCGAGUGCGCCGUGUUCACCUGGACCAACCUGCUGGUGGUGGUGGUGGAGCUGGAGGGCCCGGAGCAGGACGCACUGGACCUGGUGGCCCUGGUGACCAGCGUGGUGCUGGAGGAGCACCACCUCGUCGUCGGCGUGGUGGUCGUCGUGGACCCGGGCGUGAUCCCCAUCAACUCUCGGGGCGAGAAGCAGCGGAUGCACCUGCGGGACGGGUUCCUGGCUGACCAGCUGGACCCGAUUUAUGUUGCUUACAACAUGUGAGGAUCGAUGUGUCAAAGCUGGAGGGAUCAAAACCUGGAUGCUUCAAAAAGCUGUAAUUGGGACCUCGGGGCAGGGUCCAGCCGGAAGUGUCUCCUUCACUCGGGGAGGGGACACCGGUCUUCACACAGUGCUGCACCUCCUUUGUUUCCUGCUGCAGAUCGUCUUGGGAAACACUUCCUGAAUUUAUUUAAGGGGACUGAGUCUGCCAAGGACAUUUACCAAAACAUGAUGUCAGUAUUUAUCAGACAGGGUGAGGGGAAGGGAAAGGCGCACCUGGGAUGGGCAUUUGAGAAAACUGCCGAUGCACAGUUCUCUACUGUAUUACAAGUUUGCACUUCUUUAGGCUAAAAAGAUAGUCCCCGAUUUUUGAAAUUCAAUUAUUUAUUCCCAUUUCAAGUGAGAAUUUCUGUGCUGGAAAGACGCUGAGGCCGCCUAGUACCGCUGCCCCGUGUGUUCUCACCUGAGGAGGCUGAGCCCAGCAAGCCUGGGAGGAAGCGAGAUCCGGCUGCACGUGGCUACCACGGUGACCCUCUUUGCCAGUUUCUUUCCUGAAGCAGGUGUGCCCAGCUGCAUAUCGUGUCAGACGCUCAGUAAGCGCCAUCUUGCACUGUCGAGUUAGAUGUUCUGUUUCAGAAAGAUAAACCAGUGUUUUCGUUUUACACCACUUUCCUAGGUUUGGAACUUCAUGCUGUGUGGAUGACUCAUUUUCAUGACACUGCAAUAUUAAUACAUCUCAAUACCACAGAAAUGUACUGAACUUCAUUUUUAUUACAAGUCAGAUUUGGAAGCACUGGUGGGAAAGGCAUGCUCUAGGUGCAGUUUUGUGAACCUUCGGCAGUGCCAGUGGAAGGUGAAGACAAUCUCACAUGCAUCAUCUGCUGUCGCCUUUUGAGUCAUGUGCCUAGAAAAUUUGGCCAAAUCAUAGUUAUUUUAUUCAAACUGGACUAAACCAAGUGGUCUAAUAAUUACAGUAGCCUAAAUCAAAGAAGAGAAUGUAAACUCCUGUAGAUACUUCUAAGAAUUUGAAGUCAAAUACCAAUCUGAGAGGUAGAUUAUUUUUAUAAGGCUAGUAGAGAAUGCGCUGAGUUGCUGGGCUUUCUGGGGGCUGAGGGUGGUGGUUUAGGAAUCACACACGCUUCACAGAGACAAACGGUUCUCUGGAAUGAGCCUGCAUCAGUGCCUAACAAACCUGCAGUUAAUCCUCUGUCAUCUUAAAUUCUCCAGUGAGUGACUGCGGAUUCUUAAACCUUACUCUUCCGUGGCUGCAGGUGGCAGCCGGUGUAGCAGCUGUUGGCCUGUGAUGUGACGCUGCUUCUAAUAAUCCCACUGUAAUUAUGUAAAUACGUAACGCAUUGCUUGACAUUCAGAGGUUUAGCAACGGACUAAUGGACAUUCCUUAUAAGAGAGUGGCCAGGGAGGAAAAAGAACUACCUAACCCCAAUUUUAAUGUAGUUUUAUAGCAAACAAAAUAUUGUAAGAUUUUUGAAUUGAAAGAUCAGUGGCAGUAAGACAAGGUGUUUUGUAAAUUAAGAUUUUCAGAAGUGUAUUAAAAUGUCUCAAAAUUACUCUGGGAAUUCUGUGUAUCACACUAAAAUUUUUAUAUCAUGUUAAUAAAAAGUUAUUGACUGUAAUUCAAUAUUUUGAAAUUCAUGAAAAGGUUUUUAAAAUUACCACAACUAGGAUGUAUUUUAUUAUAUACUAUUUUUUUUUAAAUAAAAGCAGUUAGGCUUACAGCAUAAAAUCCAUUAAAGCGUAAGGAAGAAAAUUAAAAUCUCUUAAUAGCCUACCUCUGAGCAACAGCUGCAUUAGUAUUUGACGUAAGUCCUUUCAGGGAUUUAUUUUUUCCUUUUUUUUAAAUUUUUAAAAAAUUAGGAUCAUAUACUUAUUUUAUAAUCUGCUUUUAUUCUUAAUAAAUUACAUACUUUUUAA